AUGGCGGCGCAGGACGUGCUGGGCCAGACCGCCCGGCUGGCCUCGUCCAGCGCCCUGCUGCAGGUGCUGUUCCGGGUGGUCACCUUCGGGCUGAACGCCUUCACGCUCCGCUACCUGUCCCGGGAGCUCAUCGGCGUGGUCAAUGUCAGGCUGACUCUGCUGUACUCAACAGUUGUCUUCCUCGCCAGGGAGGCGUUUCGCAGAGCUUGUUUGAGUGGGAGUGCCAAGAGAAACUGGACCAAAACAAUUAAUCUCCUGUGGCUGACAGUCCCUCUUGGUGUGUUUUGGUCUCUUAUCUUGGGCUUAGUCUGGCUACACUUGCUUGAAGUACCCGACCCUUCUGUGGUUCCUCACUAUCAGGCUGGUGUAGUGGCAUUUGGCCUUUCUGCCAUUAUUGAACUCCUGGGAGAGCCAUUCUGGGUUUUAGCACAAGCUCAUUUGUUUGUGAGACUUAAGGUAAUUGCUGAAAGCCUUUCAGUAGUGUCAAAAUGCAUUUUGACAGUUACUUUAGUAAUCCUUUAUCCUCACUGGGGCCUUUACAUUUUUUCCUUGGCUCAGCUUUUAUAUGUCAGUGUUCUGGUAUUGUGCUAUGUAAUUCAUUUUGUGAUGUUUUUGGGAUCUCCUGAAGCCACAAAGAAAUCAUUUCCAGUUGCUAGAGUGAAAGCUUUAUUACCUAGCUUCGUGGAAGAUGAGACCUUUGUUAACUGGAAGGAAGCACGCUUGACAUGGAGUUUCUUCAAACAAUCCUUCUUGAAACAGAUUUUGACAGAGGGUGAACGAUAUGUGAUGACUUUUUUGAACGUGUUAAAUUUUGGAGAUCAGGGUGUAUAUGAUGUUGUGAAUAACCUUGGUUCACUGGUGGCCAGGUUUAUCUUCUUGCCUAUUGAGGAGAGCUUUUAUGUAUUUUUUGCUAAAGUGUUGGAAAGAGGGAAGACUGUAAAGGAUCAGAAGCAGGAUGAUGUUGCUAUGGCUGCAAAUGUAUUGGAAUUGCUGCUGAAACUUGUGCUCCUGAUUGGCCUCACCAUUACUGUUUUUGGCUAUGCCUAUUCUCAGCUGGCUCUGGAUAUUUAUGGAGGCUCAAUGCUCAGUUCUGGAACAGGUCCAGAUCUCCUCCGGUGUUACUCAUUGUAUGUCCUAUUUCUUGCUGUCAAUGGAGUAACAGAAUGUUUUACAUCUGCCUUAAUGUGCAAAGAAGAAGUGGACAGGUACAAUUUUGUUAUGCUGGCCUUGUCUUUCAUAUUUCUGUGCAUCUCUUAUUUCCUGACCCAGUGGUAUGGCAGUGUGGGCUUUAUCCUUGCCAACUGCUUCAACAUGGGCAUCAGAAUAGCUCACAGCACGCACUACAUCCAUCACUACUUCAGAGAAAGCACCCACAGACCCCUCACAGGCCUGCUGCCCUCACCAGCUCUGCUGCUGCUUUACAUCCUCAGUGCUGUGGUCACUGCUUUCUCAGAGGUGUUGUUCUGCUGUGACAAGGGCUGGAUGGCCAGGCUGAUCCACAUCAGCACGGGUGCCCUGUGCCUUGCAGCAACCCUGGUUACGAUGUUCUGCACAGAGACCAAGCUCAUCCACUUUGUCAGGAGCCAGUUCCUCUCCCGUUAUCUGAAGAAAGGAACAUGACCUGCUCCUGUGCAGAACAAACAGUUCUUGUAUGUGCUUGCAGGAAAGGGCUGUGUUUUUUUCCAUGAGAUCUAUAUGGAAGAAAGGUUUCCACUUGUGUUUGAAAGCAUUGAUAAGGGAGUGGCAAUGUUGACAACUGCCACAUGAAUAUUAUUUUGUCUUCUGAACUGGUCAGUAGAGCAGAAGAGAGGUGAAUAAUUUUCUCUUUAUGAAUCGUUCUUGUCUAAGCUUUUCUUCAAACAGCCUCUGAAGAUCUAAGCUGCACCCCCUGACAUAACCUGGUUGACAGACUGCAUGUGGAGAGCUCCCCUUCCUGCCACUGGGCAGUGUAGGAAGGUGUGAUGUGGUUUAGAAGGCUCUUAUUUGGCAUGGGUGCUGCUUAACUGGGGAGAAGAUGGUCAGGGGAGAAAACCCCAAAACCAACCACAACAAUGAAUGCCAUAAAAAUACCCAGAAGCUGAGGAGAACCCUAGAGCAAGGACCAACCCCAGUGUGAGUGUUGUGGAGCAGAACACAGUGUGGUGCAGAGGGAUUGAGCUGUCACUGUUUGAAGUGCAAAGUGGGGAACAGAAGAUCCUGGCGUUUACAAGUAAAUUAAUGCAAGACA